AUGGCCAAUGUGCACCUCCUGCUGCUGUGUGCUGCCCUGGUGUUUACUAGCCAUGUGCAUGGAGCCACACUGAGAAAUGAAGACAAAUGGAAGCCACUCAGCAACCCCAGGAACAGAGAACUGUUUUUCAGAAGCCUUCAGGCAUAUUUUAAGGGCAGGAAGUUUCCAAAUAUUUUCUCCAUGAGUGAGAAUCCCAGGCCCCUGUCCUUCCAAUCAGAGCGUAUUGCUGCUGCAUUUGCAGAUUAUGAAGAGCAGAAAAAUCUCUUUCCCUAA